CGGGAAUUGUUUGAUUAACACAGACAAGUUGUUCGAAAAUUUAUGAUUUAACGUCAAUUCUUACAAUAAUUUUAGAGAUUUCGUUCAAAAAAGCCACCGAAAGAACCAUUAAAGCACCAAUUUAAAAGAAUAUGGAUCAGAUAAAUACAAAAAAUAAUUUAGAGACAUUUGAAGUUCUUUAAAAAAUUACGUAUAGAAUCUGGAAUCGGACGGCUCAAUUUUAUCCUAAAUGACCAAAUCUGGCCGUCAAUUACAAACGCCGGUUGGUCUGGAUUUUUUCGUGAAGAUUUGCAACGUUUUCUCUCCACCCGACGAGUCCCUCUGGUUUUCCCUACUGCGGAUUCUCCGAUACCGGCCCAUCAUCGCCAGAUUCUCCUCUGUCGGGGUCUUCCUAAUUACAACCCCGACCACCUUUACUUUGUCUGGUGUGUCGUUGAAGCCGCGGGCAGCUUUUGAGUCGCGAUCUCUUCAGAGAUGCCUACAUAGGUGAAUAAAGAUGAUGAGUUCUCUUUAGAUGCUUAAGAAGCUAGCAGGAAUAAUGGCAUAAAUAGUAGUUGAAGAGUGCUUUUGGCUGAGUGUGAUCUGGUCAUAUGCUAUUUAUUGGAUGAUGUUGUCUUAUAAUGAAGAUGGUCUCUUAAGCGUGGCUAAUCAUGAAGAUCUUUAAUGUUGAGCAUGACCUUGGGCUUGCAUUUUGCACAUCAAUCUCUUAUAAAUUUGUUUUGUUGAUUUGGAUUUGGCUCCAUGCUGUCAUAGUGGGCAAAUAUUUGGUGUUUUUAUUCUUUUGGAAUCAAGUAAAACUACAUCAUUAUC